CAACAUCACCACAGUUAAGUUGUUCCAUGUCUUCAGCAACAUCACCACAGUUAAGUUGUUCCAUGUCUUCAGCAACAUCACCACAGUUAAGUUGUUCCAUGUCUUCAGCAACAUCACCACAGUUAAGUUGUUCCAUGUCUUCAGCAACAUCACCACAGUUAAGUUGUUUCAUGUCUUCAGCAACAUCACCGCAGUUAAGUUGUUCCAUGUCUUCAGCAACAUCACCACAGUUAAGUUGUUUCAUGUCUUCAGUAACAUCACUACAGUUAAGUUGUUCCAUGUCUUCAGCAACAUCACCACAGUUAAGUUGUUCCAUGUCUUCAGCAACAUCACCACAGUUAA